ACGACCAUGGAGAAAUGAACAGAAGAAAAAAGCCACAAGGUGAGACUUGCCAGUCAAGGGAGGAAGUUUAGAAGAGGUGGUCAGCAGUGCCAAACGUGUGGAAAAUGGUGAUCCAACCAAGUUAGGUGUGGGGAAACGCAGACUUGUUCCCCUGAAGAGAACGGAAGCUGAAGAGCAGAAGCAAGGUGCCAACAGAUCCCUCCAUCUGCAUAAACCAUACCGCAAUUACUGAAUUACACGGCUGCCUCCUCUAGAAACCACCUCUAAGGGCAUUUUGUCCACCCUAUAAUCCUUCGGGCCUCACGCACUGCCUAAGAUACAGUAGGCACUUAAUACAUUUUAUCGAUAAAAUUAAUGUGGAAGGGUGGAGAGUAGAUGGAUGAAUGAGUGACAGGGAAGAACUGGAAUAAAGGAGGAAUCUAAGGCGUUUGUCCCCGCAAUAUCCUUCACCUUUUUUCUAAACCGCAAUGGCCUGCAGCCCCAAAAAACAAACGACGGAGACCCCAGCCCCUCCUUCCACGGGGGCCUUGGCCCCCCUUUAUCUCUGACGAACAGUCUGGACCCAGGUUCUGCUGACGUGGGAAGGGGAGGAGAGUCUGGAGGAAGGGGAGGGGAAAGCAGCGCAGCGACCGUAGAGACGGAGGAGGCGCCCGCGGCUGCAGAGCUGCAGAGCGGGGUCUCCCGGCCCUCGGCGUCCCAGCCCUUUGCACAUAGCUGGGCCAGACAACAGCUCAUUCUCUCGGCGCGGCCCACAGGGCCCCAGCGGUCGGCAAGCUGGCUCCCCGAGUAGCCACCGGGACCCCCGAGCCCAAUGGCGGGGGCGGCAACAAAAUCGACAGCACCGUGGAGAUCGCCCCCGGCGCCAAUGGACAGGUCGGGAGCCUCGGAGAUGCCGUCCCCCCCGAGCAGCUGCAGGGUGAGCGGGAGCGCCGGCGGGAGGGGGAGGGCGAAGCGCUGGGCAGCAGCCUGUCGCUGGCCGCGCCCCCGGGCCCCCUCAGCUUCGAGGCUCUACUCGCCCAGGUGGGGGCCCUGGGUGGCGGCCAGCAGCUGCAGCUCGGCCUGUGCUGCCUGCCCGUGCUCUUCGUGGCGCUGGGCAUGGCCUCAGACCCCAUCUUCACGCUGGCGCCCCCGCUGCACUGCCACUACGGCGCCGCCUUGCCCCCCAACGCUUCGGGCUGGGAGCAGCCCCCCAACUCCAGCGGCGUCAGCGUCGCCGGCGCAGCCCUAGCAGCCAGCGCCGCCAGCGGAGUCGUCACCAGUACGGACCCCUCGUGCAGUGGCUUCGCCCCACCGGAUUUCAACCACUGCCUGAAGGACUGGGACUACAACGGACUGCCCGUGCUCACCACCAAUGCCAUCGGCCAGUGGGAUCUGGUGUGUGACCUGGGCUGGCAGGUGAUCCUGGAGCAGAUCCUCUUCAUCUUGGGCUUUGCCUCCGGCUACCUGUUCCUCGGUUACCCCGCGGACAGGUUUGGCCGUCGUGGGAUUGUACUGCUGACCUUGGGGCUUGUGGGCCCCUGUGGAGUAGGAGGAGCUGCUGCAGGCUCCUCCACGGGCAUAAUGACUCUUCGAUUCCUCCUGGGCUUCCUGCUGGCUGGCGUUGACCUUGGUGUCUACCUGAUGCGCCUGGAGCUGUGCGACCCAACCCAGAGGCUUCGGGUGGCCCUGGCAGGGGAGUUGGUAGGGGUGGGAGGGCACUUCCUGUUCCUGGGCCUGGCCCUUGUCUCUAAGGACUGGCGGUUCCUGCAGCGAAUGAUCACCGCUCCUUGCAUCCUCUUCCUGUUUUAUGGCUGGCCCGGUCUGUUUCUGGAGUCCGCACGGUGGCUGAUAGUGAAACGGCAGAUUGAGGAAGCCCAGUCUGUGCUGAGGAUCCUGGCUGAGCGAAACCGGCCCCAUGGACAGAUGCUGGGAGAAGAGGCCCAGGAAGCCCUGCAGGAGCUGGAGAAUACCUGUCCUCUCCCCACAACGUCCACCUUUUCCUUCGCGUCCCUCCUCAACUACCGAAACAUCUGGAAAAAUCUGCUUAUCCUGGGCUUCACCAACUUUAUCGCCCAUGCCAUUCGCCACUGCUACCAGCCUGUGGGAGGAGGAGGGAGCCCAUCAGACUUCUACUUGUGCUCUCUUCUGGCCAGCGGCACAGCAGCCCUGGCCUGCGUCUUCCUGGGGGUGACCGUGGACCGUUUCGGCCGUCGGGGCAUCCUGCUUCUCUCAAUGACUCUCACGGGGAUCGCAUCCCUGGUCUUGCUGGGCCUGUGGGAUUAUCUGAACGAUGCUGCCAUCACAACCUUCUCGGUCCUCGGACUCUUCUCCUCCCAAGCUUCUGCUAUCCUCAGUACCCUCCUUGCUGCUGAAGUCAUCCCCACCACUGUCCGGGGCCGUGGCCUGGGCCUGAUCAUGGCACUUGGGGCGCUCGGGGGGCUGAGCUGUCCAGCUCAGCGCCUCCACAUGGGCCAUGGAGCUUUCCUGCAGCAUGUGGUACUGGCGGCCUGUGCCCUCCUGUGCAUCCUUAGCAUCAUGCUGCUGCCAGAGACCAAGCGCAAGCUUCUGCCAGAGGUACUCCGGGAUGGGGAACUGUGCCGUCGGCCUUCCCUGCUGAGGCAGCCACCUCCUAACCGCUGUGACCAUGUCCCCCUGCUAGCCACUCCUAAUCCUGCCCUCUAAGCAGCCUCUGAGCCUGGUGGGAGGCUGGCCAUUUAGAAAGGUGACAGAGGGCUGGCUAGCAAGAUAGACGGAGAGGCAAGGCCACCCUGUACAUACAAAAGGCUCCAAGGCGCCUCACGCCAUCUAGGAGAGCUCAGAGUGCCAUUCCCAACCCCCUCUCCUCCCCGCUGCUUUCUGUUCACUUCAUCAGCAAGAGUCAGGACGGGGAUAGCAUCUCGCUAUAACCAUUAGGUCUGGGCUCCAUCCUGUGCCCAAAGACAUUUUCCCAGACCUCGCUCUUUCUCGCUCUUCAUUCUGUUUCAAUAAAAGACAUUUUGAAUAAAUGAGCAUAUCAUA